AAAUUCCAGGAAUGAGAUAAAUAAACAGCCAAGUGUUCACACGUUAAAACCCUAAGCAGAAGGCAAGGCAGUCUCUCUUUAUUUUUAGUCAUCUCAACUUGGGCACCGCCGCUUCUGCUUCUAUCUCCCCAUUAUGAAGUUCAACAUCGCAAAUCCCACUACGGGAUGCCAGAAAAAGCUCGAAAUCGACGAUGACCAGAAGCUACGGGCAUUUUUUGACAAGAGGAUCUCACAGGAGGUCAGCGGAGAUGCUCUUGGAGAGGAAUUUAAGGGCUAUGUUUUCAAAAUCAUGGGAGGCUGUGACAAGCAAGGAUUUCCCAUGAAGCAGGGAGUGCUAACCCCUGGUCGUGUCCGUCUCUUGCUUUACCGAGGAACCCCCUGCUUCCGUGGAUAUGGAAGGCGCAAUGGAGAACGCAGGAGGAAGUCUGUGCGCGGGUGUAUUGUCAGUCAAGACCUUUCUGUUUUGAACUUGGUAAUUGUGAAGAAGGGUGAGAAUGAUCUUCCGGGACUCACUGACACAGAGAAACCAAGGAUGAGAGGUCCAAAGAGAGCAUCAAAGAUCCGCAAGCUUUUUAAUCUCUCAAAGGAGGAUGAUGUUCGCAAGUAUGUCAAUACUUACCGGAGAUCAUUCACAACCAAAGCUGGAAAGAAGGUCAGUAAGGCUCCCAAAAUUCAGAGGUUGGUGACUCCUUUGACUUUGCAAAGGAAGCGAGCAAGGAUUUCAGAUAAAAAGAAGAGAAUUGCCAAGGCCAAGUCCGAGGCUGCUGAGUACCAGAAACUUCUUGCCACAAGAUUGAAGGAGCAGAGAGAUCGUCGCAGUGAGAGCUUAGCCAAGAAAAGGUCCAGACUUUCCAUUGCUUCUAAGCCAUCCAUUGUUGCUUAGAUCUACAAAUCUCUCUAGUUGGGUUUUGGUAGCAAGAGGAAUGGGGUCAGUUUUAUUUUUAAAUUUGAGUUGUCAUAUUUUGAGGUGUUACAUGAAUGGUUUUGGAAGUGCUUUGACACUAGGUUCAUUGGAUUUGCCAUGAUAUUAUGACUCUCUGCUAUAAUCAUUUGGAAUAUUUUCAA